AUGUCAUCUCGCCGAGUUCAAAUCCCAUCGUCAACACAACACAUCACCCUCGAGGCGCUCAAACAGGGAUUACGGAUUGAUCUCAAAAACCAGAAUCGCAAGCUUGAUGAGAUCCGUAAGCCUGUGAUUCAUCUCAGCGAUGAGUUCGGGUAUGUGGAGGUUGCCUGGGGCGAGACCAAGGCUGCUAUUAGAGUUAGCGCAAAGAUUGCCAAACCUUACGAAGAACGACCAUUUGAAGGGACAUUCCAAAUUAAUUGUGAAAUAUCACUGAUGGCCUGGGCCAACUUCGAGAACAAUUCUAGCAAAAGCGCCCAGGAAAUCAUCACGCUGAGGCUCAUCGAAAAAGCCAUCAAACGUCUGAACUCGCUUGAUUUGGAAUCAUUGUGUAUUAUUGCCGGCGAGAAAGUUUGGGCAAUCACUGUUGACAUCAACUUCCUCAAUUAUGAUGGUGGUCUAAUCGAUCUGGGGUGUUUUGGGGUGAUGUUGGCUCUUCAGCAUUUUCGGAAACCGGAUGUUACAAUCAGGGGGUUGGAAGUGGAAGUUCACAAUGACAGGCCAGUACCGCUCUCUAUCCUUCAUAUUCCCAUUUGUGUUCUGUAUCUGUUCUUCAAUCGCCAUUCUGAUGAUAUGACUGUGAACAUUAAAGGUGACGAGAAUGAUGAGAUUUGCAUUGUUGAUGCCAGUAAAGAGGAAGAACUCUUGGCCCAAGGCCAAUUCGUUGUGACACUUAACAAGAACCGUGAACUUGUGCAAGUUUCAAAGAAUGGAGGCUUGCCAAUUGAUGCCGGUCAAUUGGUACAAUUGUGUCUCACAAGCACAAGAAUUGUCGAUGAGUUAACGAACUUAAUGCAAGCGGAGCUUGAACUGUGGGAGUUGAAGCGCUACAAGACUGAGCGUCUCGAUUUGUUACAGGGUAUUGCAACGCGUACAGAAAAUGAACUUGAACUUGGGAGAGAUACUGCGGAAUUUCAAACUGAGCCGACAGUAGGGGCAAAAUCUUUGCCAGUUGAGUAG